UGUAACGGCUCUCCUCUCUCUAACCGACGGGGAGUUUCGCAGGCGGACGGGCGGCGCGGAAAACGCUGUGAAAUUGUGAAAAUGUAAGUUUUACUGGCCGGCGGACGGGAGUUUCCACCAGGAUGGAUGACUCGGUUACCGGAGCGGAGGACUAAUUUUCCCCGUUUUUAACUGAUUUUUAAUCCUCUCGGUGUGGGAUUGGGUGGCUGGAGGCGAGUCGCGGUCUGAGGCGAUGCUCCAGAGGAAGCCUUCAGCCCGCAGCAGGGUCGCGCUUCUGCCUGCCUCACUGUCAUGAGCUCCGGUGAGGGAGCCCCGCCAGCCCCGUGGCCGGAGCUCCACGCCCCGCCUCAGGGGGAGGCCGAGCAGGAGGCUGCCGGGCUCUCCGGAGCUCCGGAAACGCCGCGGGACUUCAGCUGCAGUGGAGGAGGAGGAGAGGUGGUGAGUGAGGAAGAUCACGGAGCAACUCUGCCGUACCCAUCCCUCGCCCCGGUGGUGCUUUUCUGUCUGCAACAGAGCACAAGACCCCGCAGCUGGUGCCUCGCACUUGUGUGCAGUCCCUGGUUUGAGCGAGUCAGCAUGUUGGUGAUUCUGCUCAAUUGCGUCACCCUCGGCAUGUUCCAGCCGUGCCAGGACCUGGAGUGCCACUCGGAGAAGUGCAGCAUACUGCAGGCAUUUGAUGACUUCAUCUUUGCGUUCUUUGCUGUGGAGAUGGUAGUGAAGAUGGUGGCCCUGGGGGUGUUUGGACCGAGGUGUUACCUUGGUGACACGUGGAACCGACUGGACCUCUUUAUCGUCAUGGCAGGGAUGUUGGAGUACUCUCUAGAUGGACACAACGUUAGCUUCUCUGCAAUCAGAACUGUCCGAGUUCUCAGACCUCUUCGGGCCAUCAACAGAGUGCCCAGUAUGCGCAUCUUGGUGACCUUGCUUUUGGAUACAUUGCCCAUGCUGGGGAAUGUUUUGCUGCUAUGUUUCUUUGUAUUCUUUAUCUUCGGGAUUGUUGGUGUACAGCUGUGGGCGGGGCUACUCAGGAACCGCUGUUUCCUAGAUGACAACGUGAGGACGAUGUACAAUUUUACUCAGUCACUCAGCCCUUACUACAGGCCCGACGACUCUGACGACUUCCCCUUCAUCUGCUCGACCAAUCGGGAAAACGGAAUGCUGCGCUGCUCCAGCGUCCCGCCGCGCAGAGUGGGAGGAGUCUACUGCCAGCUCAGUGCAGAUAAUAUCACUGACCACACCCCUAAAGAGGCCACCCAUAGUGGGUGUGUCAAUUGGAAUGCCUAUUACAACAACUGCAGGGCGAGCGAGCACAAUCCACACAAUGGAGCCAUCAACUUCGACAACAUAGGAUAUGCCUGGAUUGCCAUCUUUCAGGUCAUCACUUUGGAGGGAUGGGUGGAUAUCAUGUACUAUGUCAUGGAUGCGCAUUCCUUUUACAACUUCAUCUAUUUCAUCUUCCUCAUUAUUGUGGGCUCCUUUUUCAUGAUCAACCUGUGCCUGGUCGUCAUCGCAACACAAUUUUCAGAAACCAAGCAGCGUGAGAACCAGCUGAUGCGGGAGCAGCGGGCUCGUUUCCGCAGCAACGAGUCAACGCUAGCUAGCUUGACCGAGCCUGGCUCCUGCUACGAAGAGAUGAUCAAAUACCUGAGACACCUCUGCCGUAAGCUCGGUCGGCAGGUCAGCCAUGUCUACGGCCAAGUGCGACCUUGUCGGCGGGGCAAGGCCUCCAGCCCUGAAAACGGCACUACGGCCGGGGUGGGCACUAACAGGCCCUAUAGCAGCAGGGAGAAAUUUGAUCUGACUCGACACCUUAUACACCACCAUCACCAUCAACCCCACCACCUCCACAAUCAUCGCCAGCGUCACUGCAAUGGUAUGGAUGUGGGCACACUGGAAAUGAAGGCCCUUCAUUUGGGUGGUGAAGGUCAGGUUCUCAAACAGACUCCCCCUCUCCCCCUUGCUUUACCCCACAUAAAGGGUCUGAACUACCCAACCAUACUGCCCUCCGCACUUUUCACACACUCACGCACAAAUCCUGGCUGCGCGAGCAGGGUCAAGACCCCUGCAGCCAGCCACUCGCAAUACGACAGGACAGUCCACAGAGGGUUCCACGAUAGCUACAACAAAGCGCAGCCUGGUGUGUACCCAGAUGUGUGCUCAAGUGCGUGCAUAGAAGGCGGCGAUGGUCUGGCACCCGGCGAGCUUUCAGCAUGCCCGAUUUGCGCCCCUGAGGGCAGCGGCGUGACCUACAACUCUGACAGUGGCUCGGACAUGGAGAAGCAGAUGAGGGAGAACCCGACUGGGAACUGCUUCAGCGUGUGUGUGCAGUGUGUCAGGACAGUGCUGAGGAGGAUUGUGGACAGCAAGUACUUCAAUAGAGGGAUCAUGUUUGCAAUCCUCAUCAAUACACUCAGCAUGGGAGUGGAGUACCAUGAACAGCCGGCCGAGCUGACAGAUGUGUUGGAGAUCAGUAAUAUAGUCUUCACCAGCCUGUUUGCCCUAGAGAUGCUGCUGAAGCUGCUGGCCUGCGGUCUAUUUGGCUACAUCAGCAACCCCUACAACAUCUUUGAUUUGAUCAUUGUUAUCAUCAGUGUGUGGGAGAUCAUAGGGCAGGCGGACGGAGGUUUGUCGGUUCUGCGGACGUUUCGCCUUCUGAGGGUUCUAAAACUGGUGCGGUUCAUGCCAGCCCUACGCAGACAGCUGGUGGUCCUAAUGAAGACCAUGGACAACGUGGCCACUUUCUGCAUGCUGCUUAUGCUCUUCAUAUUCAUCUUCAGUAUACUGGGCAUGCAUCUGUUUGGGUGCAAGUUCACUCUGCGCUUGGAAAACGGGGACACCGUCUCUGACAGGAAGAAUUUUGACUCUCUCCUCUGGGCCAUUGUCACCGUGUUCCAGAUAUUGACACAGGAGGACUGGAACACAGUGUUAUAUAACGGCAUGGCCUCCACAUCUCCGUGGGCGGCCCUGUACUUCGUGGCUCUGAUGACCUUCGGCAAUUAUGUGCUCUUCAACCUGUUGGUGGCCAUUUUAGUGGAGGGCUUCCAGGCUGAGGGAGAUGCCAGCAGGUCAGAGAGUGAAGAUGAUGUGCUUUCCUCUGACUUUGAUGAAGAGGACAAACUGAGGGAGCUUUUAAACUCUGGGUCUGAGGUGAAAAUGCAGACACUGAUGCCAAUCUCUAACGGACAUUUGGAGCCCAGAGCAGCAAUGCCACCGCACAUCAUACACACCCACGCCACCGCCACGCCUAGGACUGAGGUCUCCCACAUUGACAGCCAGUCCCGGCGCAGCAGCAACGCCUCUAAUGAGCACCAUGACCAGAGAUCACUGACCAGUCUGUGGGGAAGUCGCCGUUCAAGCUGGAACAGUCUAGGCCACGCCCCCAGUCUGAAAAGACGUGGUCAGUCAGGGGAGCGUGAGUCACUUCUUUCGGGCGAGGGGCGGGACAGCUUGGAUGAUGACCAAUCAGAGGAGGGGAAGUCCAGCAGGACGGGAAGCCUGGGCGGAGUGUCUCGAUUUGAAUCGUUCGACAUGCCAGAACUGCUGCAGGUUCCGCCCAUGACACGCCCCUAUGUGGAGUGCAACGGCAGACUGGACGGGUCCUACCCUUCGACUCCAUACACACCUCAGCGACAGCCUUCACACACACAGACUGACGACGAUGAGGAAUUUGAAGAGAGCUGGUGUCUUAUCUUGAAGAGGGUUCUGGAGCCAUAUAAACCCCAGUGGUGCAGAGAUCACGAGGAAUGGUCUCUGUAUCUGUUCGCUCCUCAAAAUGAGUUCCGGCUGCGUUGCCAGAAGGUCAUCACUCAUAAGAUGUUUGAUCAUAUUGUCCUGGUUUUCAUCUUCCUCAAUUGCAUCACCAUUGCACUAGAGAGACCUGACAUCCAACCUUACAGCAUGGAGCGUGUCUUCCUCAGUGUCUCCAACUACAUCUUCACUGUGAUCUUUGUAGCUGAAAUGACAGUCAAGGUGGUGGCUAUGGGGAUGUAUGUGGGUCCGGGCUCAUAUCUGCAGAGCAGCUGGAACGUUCUUGAUGGCCUGCUGGUGUUUGUGUCUAUAGUGGACAUUCUGGUGUCACUGGCUUCAUCUGGCGGAAACCGCAUCCUGGGAAUUUUACGAGUCCUGCGUCUCCUCAGAACACUGAGGCCGCUCAGGGUUAUAAGCAGAGCUCCAGGACUAAAGCUGGUGGUUGAAACGCUGAUAACGUCUCUUCGACCAAUCGGGAAUAUUGUGCUCAUCUGUUGUGCUUUCUUCAUUGUAUUUGGUAUUUUAGGAGUCCAGCUCUUUAAGGGGAAGUUUUAUCACUGUGAAGGCUUUGACACCAGAAACAUAACCAACAAGUCAGAGUGUCUGCACGCACGCUACCGCUGGGUCCGCAGGAAGUACAACUUUGACAACCUGGGCCAGGCUCUGAUGUCGCUGUUUGUCCUGUCAUCUAAGGACGGUUGGGUCAGCAUCAUGUAUGAUGGGUUAGAUGCGGUGGCUGUGGACCAGCAGCCCAUAAGGAACCAUAACCCCUGGAUGCUGCUAUACUUUAUUUCCUUCCUGCUGAUUGUCAGUUUUUUUGUGCUGAACAUGUUUGUGGGCGUGGUGGUGGAGAACUUCCACAAGUGCCGGCAGGACCAGGAGGAAGAGGAGGCCCGGCUGAGGGAGGAGAAGAGGCAGCGACGCCUGGAGAAAAGGCGCAGGAAGGCCCUUCAGAGACCGUAUUAUGCAGACUAUUCUCCUGCUCGCCUCUACAUCCACACUCUCUGCACGAACCACUACCUGGACCUCUUCAUCACCGUCAUCAUUGGCAUCAACGUCCUCACCAUGUCCAUGGAGCACUACAACCAGCCCAAGCGUCUGGAGGAAGCCCUAAAGUACUUCAACUACGGCUUUACUGUGAUCUUUGUGAUUGAGUCUGUGCUGAAACUGGUUGCCUUUGGCUUCAGGAGGUUUUUCAAAGAAAGGUGGAAUCAGCUGGACUUGGCCAUUGUUCUGCUGUCUGUUAUGGGCAUUACCCUUGAGGAGAUUGACCUGAAUGCCUCAUUACCCAUUAACCCAACCAUCAUUCGCAUCAUGAGAGUACUUCGCAUUGCCAGAGUGCUGAAGCUGCUUAAGAUGGCCACAGGAAUGAGAUCUUUGCUGGACACAGUGGUGCAAGCUCUACCCCAGGUUGGGAAUCUGGGUCUCCUCUUUAUGCUGCUUUUCUUCAUUUAUGCCGCUCUGGGAGUGGAGCUCUUCGGAAAACUCGAAUGCUCAGAAGAGAAUCCAUGUGAAGGUUUAAGCAGACACGCCACAUUCGAGAACUUUGGCAUGGCAUUUCUUACCUUGUUCAGAGUGUCUACUGGAGACAACUGGAAUGGAAUCAUGAAGGACACUCUGCGGGAGUGUAAGAGUGGAGACCGCUGUUUGAGCUACCUGCCACUGGUGUCCCCGCUGUACUUUGUGACAUUCGUUCUGGUGGCUCAGUUUGUGCUGGUGAACGUGGUGGUGGCCGUUCUCAUGAAGCAUCUGGAGGAGAGCAACAAGGAGGCCUUAGAGGAGGCAGAGAUGGAGGCAGCUCUGCAGCUGGAGCUGCAGGCAAACCGACGACAGAGCAAUGCCUCUAUGGGCGGAGUUUCUGGGCUGGAGAAUAAAGCCGUGGGCCCGGCACCUGAGCAGCAUGAAGACCCUCAGAAUGGCAACCUGCUCUCAGUGGGGAAGCCUUCCAUAUCAAGGAUGCUGUCUUUGCCAAAUGACAGUUACAUGUUUUACCCCAUUAAAUCUGGACACAGGCCUACUGAUCAGCCCAUCUCCAAGCAGCAGUCCGUUGAUUGGAAUACACUAGCAGGUUCUUCUCUUUCAGUCAGUUCUCAGCCAUGUGAAUGGGGAUCCCUGCUGCAGGCUCCAGUGGCAGUGCCACAGACACCCUCCGUCACCCACUUACAAUCCCGACCACAGCAGCACCCACAAAGAAACAGUACCCUCAGGAUGCUUCAAAGACAGGAGGCAAUCAAGAGCGAUUCUGUUGAUUCAGCUCACCCCGGCUCCCGAGACAACCUGCUUUUGCAUUGCUCCGACGACAUUUUGCACCUCAAAGUACCCAGCGUUCCUCUGACCGGAGGCUCCGCCCCCUGCACCCCUCAAGCCACGCCCCCUCUUCUCCCUCGCAGCCGAACAGCCAGCGUGCAGACAAGAAGGCAUGUGUACAGCCAGCGGAGCAUUCCCUCCCGCAAGCCUGCACUCACCCAGCCAACACACACACUAACUAUUACAGACAAACAUCCUCGUGCACAUCUGCCUAACACGGACGAGGUGGACGAGGAGGUUCAGCAAAUCAUAUGCUCCAGCCAAAGGAGAGACUCCUCCCAGCAGCUUAGACGUAGCCACACGUUAUCCCCUUACGUUGCUGCCCCAUCGUGUUCCGCUAGCCAAUCACAGAGCUCGGAGCAAAGUGAGGGUCCCCGGGGUUGCCACCUGCGGAAGUACUACAGCAUGGAUGUACAUGGCUUUCUCACUCAGCCGGUCGGCUGCCCCCGCCGCCACUCCACACACGGGGAGGAGCUACAGCAGGAGCAAAGCAGGUCGUCCUGUCAAACUCGAGGCAGAUCAGUAUCCCCGGUGCCCAGGAAGGAGAAAAUGAGUCCGCCUUGCAUUUCUAUAGACCCGCCCACUGACUCCACUGAGAUCCAGUCUUCAGUGUCCAGUCAGGAGAGCAGCACAGUCCUGAGGAGGCGGGCGCCGUCGUUCGAGUCAGCCCUCACACUGAUCACCUUGGAACCUCAGGAUCGUCCUGAAUCUCCGCCCAUCACAAAAUCACCCCCUGUGCAACUAGAACCUCAUCCCGAGCCCCACUCCAAGCCUUGUUUGCCAGGCCGUCUGCCCCUCCCCCAGUUUUCCUUCGACCAGUCGGACGUCAGCUCCCUGAGCAGUCUGUCGGAACUGCUGUCAGACAGUGACCAGUCCUCGCACUCCUUCCCUCUUGAGGCCCAAUCAGAGAGCGCGGGGUCUGUCGGGAGCGCCGCGGCUCGUAGUUCGUUCAGGAAGAAGGGGCUGGUCAGAAUGGGUAGCUCUAGGGAUUGCGCAGACCCUGAUUCUGUUGCCUGAGCAACCAAAAACGUAAGGCAUCGACAGUGCAGUGCACCCAUCAGGUAGGAAUCUUCAAAGCAGGAAAGUGAGGUCAAGUCAUGAGUUAUGCAAUGAAUUUCCAGCAGAACUGACUGAAAUCCUUCCUAAUCAUAUUGAUUAGGAGUAUCGGGAGUAGUAAUAUUGAUCUAAAAACUGAUUUGUCAGUGAUGUUUCAGCCUCUUGAAGCUCACAAACUGAUGCAGGAGAUCAUCAAACUCUUGUGAUAUUUAAUAGCAACCCUUAAAUCAUUUCUAUAUAUUUUAGUUACUGUUAGAGCCCUAUAUUAUGGUUAACAUGGUUGUUCUAGAACCCUGUCCUGAAACUAAGGCGAAUGCUAGCUUAGUUUAUGGUAUUAAAACCUGAACUAUGAACUAUGAUGUGUGUGUUUCAGUGUCUAAGAAAGAUGUAUGCUUCUUAUUUUUUCUUUACAGUUUGUUCAGAGGGAGGGGAGCUGCUGACAUGUUUUCAUGGUUUUCAUGAAACUAUGAUGAACAGGUCUAAACACACACUGCAUGGCAGCAAUAUCAGGACUGUGCCACAGAGUGGGUGAAAUAUAUAGUGAAGUAAUAUAUUUAUUGGAUGCAGGGAUUGGCCUGUUGUAUUUUUAUAAAAAGGUCAGAGUUUUGCACAUGAAAUCAGAAAGUCGUUUUGACUAUUUGAACAUCUUAAUUAGAGCAAACUUCUGAUUUCUGUUCAUGGUGCCUGGAGAACCGCGAGGUUCCCAGUGCUGUGAUGAAGCAUGCGAAUGCUGGUUUAAAUGCUAAUUCAGUUACCGCUUCGAUGAACACUUCUGCCAGUCAAGGAGUAAAACGUGGGGUGCAGAAUCCCAUUCAACCUUAUUUUGGCACUUUUUUGGAUGCAUCCCAAAGCCAUCCUAGUUGCUGUUACAUUGUUCCACUGUUUUUUACAUGAUGUACAUGAUGAGAGAGCACUGUUGUCCUCUUAAUACAGUCACUUUUACCACUCAGAUGAAAGUGUACAUACACGUUUGGGUGAAGUUAUGAAACAUUUCUUCAGCAACCACAAUCAUAGUUUUUAACCACACUCUGUAAUUUAUAGUGUUCUUGUUUACAUAAGAUUUGUUGUGUAAAUCAUAUAUUCUUAACUUAUUUUGGGGCUCACUCUUUCUCCAUUGUCAGUUAUGUAAGUGUCACACAAAAACCUUGCAUCUCCAAAAUAGAAGCUUGACAGGAAAAAGAAAGUAAGUUCAAGAAGAUUUCAUUAAUUUUAGCAUUUUGAAGCAUUUGAUUAACUGAUUCACUAUUCACAAUAUAGUAAACUGACUUAAGUAAAAGUAAAAUAUUUUGUAGACUAUGUUUCUAAACAGUUUCUCAAUAAAAAAAACAUUGGUAUGUCACAAUUAUAUUCUGUCACAUAAACAAAACAAACAUGACUACUAUAUGAAAUGUUGGACAGUUGGAUGCCCUAUUACUCAUUUUAGAAAAUGUUAGGUGUGAUCAUGUUUACAGGAGAAAAAAUUUUCAUUUGUGCUGUCCAUGCUUAUCUACAGUCAUUAGGUUGACAUUCGACAUUUCAAACAAAGCUAUAGUAAAUCUAACUUUCACAGAUUCACAGAUUCAUCAGUAAAUAUACAGGGAUUGGACAAUGAAACUGAAACACCUAUCAUUUUAGUGUGGGAGGAUUCAUGGCUAAAUUGGAGCAACCUGGUGGUCAAUCCUCAUUAAUUGCGCAUUUCACCAGUAAGAGCAGAGUGUGAAGGUUUAAUUAGCAGGGUAAGAGCACAGUUUUACUCAACAUAUUGCAAUGCACACAACAUUAUGGGUGACAUACCAGAGUUCAAAAGAGGACAAAUUGUUGGUGCACGUCUUGCUGCACAUCUGUGACCAAGACAGCAAGUCUUUGUGAUGCAUCAGGAGCCACGGUAUCCAGGGUAAUGUCAGCAUACCACCAAGAAGGACCAACCACAUCCAACAGGAUUAACUGUGGAUGCAAGAGGAAGCUGUCUGAAAGGGAUGUUCGGGGGCUAACCCGGAUUGCCCAAAUCACGUCAGAAUUCAAUGUGCACCUCAACUCUCCUGUUUCCACCAGAACUGUCCAUCAGGACAGUAAAUUACUGUGGUCUAAAACCAGGUUUCUGUUUCAUUUUCCAGCCCCUGUACAUAUACAAGUAAUGUAAAAUUAUACAUAGUAAAGGAAACAAGGAGAUACAAGGUUUUUGCAGCACAGUCACAUGAUAUGGUUUCAUAUCCCAUUGUUUACAAAGCAAUCAGAAGCUUCAAAAUGUUUUAUUUGAAUAGUGGUAAAUGGUGGUAAAUCUAAUAUGAACGAAAUGCCUCCAACUCCAUUCCUUCAGCUUUAAUCUAGUGGCAGGGUCUUCACUUAGUUUCAAAAUCAAAGUUGCGUACCUUUAAUCUGAGUGUGCUGACGUGUACUUUGCACCAUCAUUUUAAUGUGUUGAUUGCUGUCAUGUCCUGCGGUUGAAAGAGAAAGACAUGGAAACUCAAGGGCUUUUAAACACAAAUCAGUAUGUUGUAAGUUGUGUAUGAUGAGUCAAUCACCUUCAUUCAGAGCAUUUUCCAGCUGUGUUUUUCUUUAAAAAAAUGUAAAAGAUGAAAGAAGUGUCUGAUGAAGUCCUGAGGCAAGGCUGUGUUCUCAGUGUUCGUAUUGUCGGAGCGAUAUGCAGCGGUUUGACCCAGAGAGGUGCCUUUGGACUGUUUUACAACGUGAUUUCAGGGCAAGAGCGGACACUGAUUGUUUUAUUCAGGUCACUGAAAAUGAUGGUGGACGUCAAAUGACUGUUUUUUAAAGCCAAUAAAUUUGAUCUGAAGAGCAUGAAACAGUCAACUAAUUUUCUGUCUCGGUCAGAUCUGUCUCUGUAUUUAAACAAAACACUGAGAGAAAAGGUACAAAGGUAUCAGGACACUUCUUUAAGAGUGUUAAUCAAAGAUA